UCGGAAUCCGUAGUUCGUAGAAUACGGGUGCAAAGGACAGUAGGUACACGGGUGCGUGGAGCAGGAAAGUCACAAAGAGGGUUUAUUUCACAUGUCGUGGGCUUAAUCAUGACUUGUUCAUUUCGGUGGUUUAAUCAGUGUAACUAAACACAUGUUUUACACAUUACUUGUUUUAAAUAACCGACUUAGUCGUGAAGUCUUUAGACUUACUAAUGUAUGACGUUUACGUAUAUAUUGAUGUUUCCUUAGCUUAUCGCAACAGUGAUUUGCUUCAUGUAUGUUAGUGAUAAUUGUAAGAAAUCGCUAGGUAGUUUGUUUCACUUUGUUAAUCGGAGAUGACUCGUAGAGCCAUGGAACCCUUCGCCCGGAAGCUCUUCAAAGGGGUGCUGUUUUUAGAAAUUGCUGGAGUUGUCGGCGCCUAUUCUCUUUUUCAUAAGAUGAACACCAGCCAAGAUUUCAGGUAUACUAUGAACAAGAGUUUUCCAGCAGUGCUCGAAGUCUAUUACAAGUCUAAUGAGUGGGCUGGGAUUUGUGGCAUCCGGGAGAGUGACCUGGACGCAUGGUCCUCCAAGAAGUAAUGCAAGAUCCCUGAGCAGAGCAGAGGUGGCACGGGAGCCCCCAGGAACAAACGGCAGGGCUGCCAUUCUCUUGCCUGGCCCAGGACCGGCCAAUCAGCAGCUACUUUUUUCUUGUUUUGUUUCCCACUUUGCCAGACUGUUUCCUCCUCUGGAAGGUGGCCUUCUUCCUCCUCAGUGUUUUGGCGUCUCUGCCGUGCAGCCAGUCGUCCCGCUGGACUUCCCACUUGAGCUGUUUGAGGCCUGAAGAGGGGUCGCAGACACCAUUGAAUCAAACUGCUGGACAUGUCAUCUAGCCUUAGUGUACUAUUUAUCUGUGUAAUUAAAAACAACAGUACCUAGGACAGAUUAAAGCAAGGCUAAAAAUUUUGUUCUUCCUGGUCUGACAAGGCAAUAAAUCCUUUUGGGGAAAAUGUGACUGGAUGGCAGCUAAUGUUUGGUACAAUCUUCUCGACUUUCAAUAAAAAAAGGGCCUAAUAUGGCUGGCAUCUAGCUUUGGGAAAUAAAGAGCCUGUAUUCCUGCUA